AUGGAAGCUCUUCUGAGGCGCGAGCUGGGCUGCGUGUCUGUGAAGGCUACGGGCCACUCGGGGGGCGGGUGCAUUAGCCAGGGUCAGAGUUACGACACCGAAAAAGGACGGGUGUUUGUGAAAGUGAACUCCAAGGCGGAGGCCCGGCGGAUGUUUGAAGGCGAGAUGGCGAGUCUUAAGGCUAUCCUGCACACAGGCACAGUCAAGGUGCCAAAGCCCCUUGCAGUCCUGGAUGGCCCAGGUGGUGGGAGUGUGCUGGUGAUGGAGCACCUGGACAUGCACUACCUGAGCAGUCAUGCUGCCACGCUUGGAGCCCAGCUGGCUGAUCUGCACCUCGACAACCAGAGGCUAGGAGAGGCACAUCGGAAGGAGGGGAGCACCGUGGGAAGAGGUGGUGGCCAGGCAGACAGGGUUUUCGUGGAGCAGUUUGGGUUUGAUGUGGUGACCUGCUGUGGUUAUCUCCCCCAGGUGAAUGACUGGCAGAAAGACUGGGUAGAAUUCUUCACUCAGCAGCGUAUCCAACCCCAGAUGGACAUGGUGGAGCGGGAGUCGGGGGACCGUGAGGCCCGAGAGCUCUGGGCUGCCCUGCAACUGAAGAUCCCGGACCUGUUCCGAGACCUGGAGGUCAUCCCUGCCCUGCUCCAUGGUGACCUCUGGGGGGGAAAUGUGGCCCAAGAUGCCUCGGGCCCCAUCAUUUUUGACCCAGCAUCUUUUUAUGGCCACUCAGAGUACGAGCUGGCGAUUGCUGGCAUGUUUGGGGGCUUCAGUAAGGCCUUUUAUUCGGCUUACCACAGCAAGAUCCCCAAGGCCCCCGGCUUUGACAGGCGGCUGCAGCUCUACCAGCUGUUCCACUACCUCAACCACUGGAACCACUUUGGGUCAGGGUACCGGGGGUCGUCCCUGAGUGUCAUGCGCAGCUUGGUCCGGUGA